AUGCACGACAUCGCGUACAACCUCAUCACGGGGGCUCAUUUUGAGGUUGACAGGCUGGUGCAGGAGGCGCUCGCCGAGGGAUAUUCGGCGAACGAUGUGCUGGACGAUGGGCUUAUUUCGGGGAUGGCUAUUGUGGGCAUCAAGUUCCGCGACAAUAUCAUCUUCGUGCCGGAGGUGCUGGUAGCGGCGCGCGCGAUGAAGGCGGGCAUGGUGUAUCUCGAGCCUAUCUUGUCGGCGUCGGGCAUCGAGCCGGUAGGUACUAUCGUGAUGGGCACGGUGAAGGGCGACCUGCACGACAUCGGCAAGAACCUGUGCAUCAUGAUGCUGCGGGGCGCGGGGUUCAUCGUUCACGACCUUGGCGUGGAUACGAAGCCGGACGAGUUCAUUGACGCCGUGAUGGAGCAUGAGGCGCAGAUACUGGGGAUGUCAGCUCUGCUGACGACCACGAUGCCGAAUAUGGGCAGGACGAUCGAGGCGUUCGAAGAGUACGGGCUUCGCGAUACGGUGCGCAUCAUGGUCGGAGGGGCGCCGGUGCGUCUGGAGUUCGCGGACGAUAUGGGCGCGGACGGCUAUGGCGAGAAUGCGAUGGAGUGCGUUGAUAUGGCCAAGCGGUUUAUGGGUGCGGGAGAGGCUGAGGAAGUGGAAGAGGAAGUAGAGUCGGUACCUGUGGCGGGUUCGGAUUAG